UGCUGUUGUUGCUGUUGUUGUUGUUGUCUCUAUUUGUUUAUGGUGAUUUUAUUUUGGUUGGAAUUGUAGGAGGUGAGAGAGGCGGCCAAGAGAGCCAGAGACAUGGCCAAGACGGAACUGCAGCAUCACGAAGAGACACUAGUCGCCUCGACCAGGGAAACAGACCGCCUUCUGAGCGACUACAAGCGUCGUAUAGACGAGAUGAAAUCGACGGCUUCCAACGCUUCCAACCGUCAAGUUCGCAACCCAACGAUGCCAAUGAGCCGUGUCACGCACCCUGCCGGGUCGACGGGUCACCUUUCCAACAGUUCGGCCGCCGCCGCCGGGGGAGGUUCUGCCGCCGCAGCUGAAAUCUCCCUGGCCGACCAGGAAGCCAGACAGGCCCUUCACGAAACCAAAAAGGCCAUCGAUCACUUGAAAUCCGUCACCGGUGCGGCGGACGUCCGUUCGACCAUCCGGAUCGUCGAGGCUCAGAAGGAAAAAUGCGACGAGCUGAGGCAACAGUUUCACGUCCUCCAGGAGCGCGUCCAGUAUUUAUCGCAACUCAAGGAGACGCUGCUGGGCCGGCUGAACCAGCUGAUCGAGGCUCAGGCGGCCCAGUCGAGCAACAACAGCACCCGGCCGACGCCGAGAUUCCUCGAUGAAAUUUUCGCCGACGACGGGUCGCUAACGCCGCACUACAAGACGGCCAGCCUCAACGGCGAGUACCAGACGGGCGGUGGUGGCCAGCACGGAGAAGACGGCGAGCAUCAGCAGAUGGACUGCAACGAGGCCCUGGCCUCUCUGGCCUCGGCCAUCACCAAGAUUUGCUCUCAAAUUCCAUUCGGGCCACCCGUCGAGGAGGCGAAUUAUCCGAGCGAGUCCGCCUCGAUGAACGAUCACCUGAACGUUCUCAAUCUGUUGGAGAGUAAGCUGUCGUCGCUGAUGGAACUCGUCAAGAGUCUCGACGCCAUCAAGGCCGAACCCUCAACGGUCAACGGCAACAACCCAACCAACAACCCGGACCUUCUCUACUCGCAGGUUGGUCAACUGUCGUUGCCUACAAGUCCUCGCUUGGCCGAUCCGGCCAUCAAAUUGAUGCAGCAGCAACAAACGGCCGAAGGUGGAUCGGCGACCGCUGGAGCUGGCGGGAUGACUGGAGCCGUGGCUGGCAGCGGCGCGGCCGUUGGGACAACGGUCGGACGGGCCGGCAAUCCGAAAUUGAGGGGAGCCAACGAGUCCGGCUCCGAUGAGGAUCAAGUGCCGACGCGAGGAUUCCUCAAACGACAAACUCGAAUCAUCGUCGACGCCAAAACUAAGAAACAGAAUCAACGGCCCAGAAAAAACGAUUAAAUCUGAACUGACAGUUGUCGGGGUGACGUGUGUAGUCGAUAUGUUUUUAUUUUCAAUCAUUCGACAGCCGGAGAUAAUCGGACAAAAAUUACGAGGGUAGAAAAUCAAGUAGAAUCAAAUCCUUUCAACAUUUGUUUUUAUUGCUUAACCUUGUCAUAUUUUUGCUGAAAUCACCAAAAAACAAAACAGCACUCCUCCCCCUUUUUUCCCCACCUGGGAACUCCCCUUUUACGUCAAGUAUUUAACCCUUUCCUUUUAUACAAAUAGAAAAAUAGAAAGAUUUCACAUC